AUGAAGCAGAAGGACAUCAGGCCGGCGCCGUCUCUCAUAGAGUACAAGAACAUGCGCUUCCUCAUCACAGACAGACCAUCGGAUGUGACCAUCCAGAGCUAUCUACAGGAGCUGAGAAAGCACAACGUGUGUACGGUGGUCCGCGUGUGCGAGCCAAGCUACGACACGUCUCCUCUGGCCGGAGAGGGGAUAGAGGUGCGGGACCUGGCCUACGACGACGGGACCUUCCCUCCAGCAAACGUAGUGGAUGACUGGUUCGAAAUACUCAGGGACAAAGCAGCUAACAAGCCGGAGUCAGCGGUGGCGGUGCACUGCGUGGCUGGUCUGGGCCGCGCGCCCGUCAUGGUCGCCAUCGCGCUCAUCGAGCUCGGCAUGAAGUACGAGGAGGCCGUUGAGACCAUACGGGACCAACGUCGAGGUGCAAUAAACGCGAAGCAGCUGUCGUACUUGGAGAAGUACCGUCCUAAGUCGCGUCUCAAGAAGAACGGCCACAAGAACUCGUGCUGCGUCCAGUGA